CAACCAACUGCUCAGUUCCCGUGUGCUACCCAAGAAGGCCAACUGCUAGGCUAGCAAGCAUCGCGCAAUUGAACCCGACCUAGCAUACAGCGCAUUCAUCACAUUCACUCACAGCGGCGACGAGGAAGGCGGCGUUUCUCUUCUUCGCCUCUACCACGAGAGUCUUCGAACAAUGCUGAAGUCCUUGGCGAGAAGAUGGACGAGCUUUUCACGCCUGUGAGCCAGGUGUACACAACCAAAAGGCAGGAGAAGCUAGUGUUGGAUCAAGUCGACACUCCCCUUGUGAAGACCAAGCUAGAGAAAGCUGAGCGCCUUUCCUGCUAUGUCGACGCCCUCGAGGCCCUCAAGAGCGAGCCCAGCUAUGAAACCCUUGCGUCUGUCCUCGAAUACCUGAUCAGUAGGAGUCCGAGCGACGCCAAGGUCAAGAGCAUACACUCUCCAAACCCCUUGAACUCCCAGAUAAUCCAAGCCCUGGUAACGGAAAUUGUUCCGAACUACUGGCGUCUGCUCAAAGAUGAAGCCGAAAAUUCUUUAGCUGAAGGAGAAGGAAGUCCGAGUAGCCCGUCCACGCCGUACCAUUUUCUCCUAACAUGUUUACGGAACGUGUCAGGAGUCAAUGCCAUCCUAACCCACCUCAGGGGCCUGAUGGGAGAGCUUGAGGCGUCCGCGGACAACAGUCGAAGAUCCCAUACGAGCCUGACCCUAGAGCUGUUGCUGGACUUGCUUUGCUCGCUGCUCGCUGGGCCGGAAACAAUCCUCCACAUCUGGCAAAACACCACAGGGGGGCUUGAAGGUUCGAGCGCCGUGGCGCGGCCACUUGCGCAGGAACUAGUCAACGUCCUCGGCGGCGGCAGAGUCGUUUCUGUUGCGGCAGAGGUGGAGAGGACAAUAAGGAAGGAGGACAUCACCGACACCGACUUUUGGGCGACCGAAAGCAAAGGCUACAGCCUAUGGCUGUUGCAGAACAUCAUCCACUGGGCCCGAAUAGACCCGUCCGAGUCACAGGGCAAGCUGAUAUCUGAGUUGCUCGUCAAGAGUUUCCGGCUUGGACAUUGUGACUUGAUGGUUCAGGCAUUGGUAGAGGCGCUGCUUGUCAAGGAGUCUGACGACGGCAAGGCUGCCUUCGAUCGUAUAUUCAGAGGCCUCUCUCUUUUCGAGCAGAAGCGACUCCUUUACUCCUUGCUUAGACUCACGUCGCGCACUUGCUUCGAUGGAGCAGCAGACCUGUCCUCCAUACCCGAGUCCUCGACUGUAGCCGCAGUUGCUGGUCUGCUGGACUCGGCGGUGCUUCAAGUCGAUUCCAGAGUAAACAUGCUUGUAUCCUGGUUGACAGACUCUUCGGGCGCCGCGCCGGGAGAAUCCGUCGGUAUACGCCGUGCUGUCAUCGCUGUUGUUGCGCAGAAACAGGAUGGCUUGACGACGGUUGUGGAGAAAAGCCUGGAACAGUUCGGUGACCAGCUAUACGUCCGCCACGCUCCGCUCUUGCAGCAAGAGGCGCACACCCAGGUCCUCCUUCUCGGCGCCGGGUAUCUGCACAGGACAAGCCCGAUAAAGCUGUCUUUGCUUGCCAGAUCCAGCGCAUACAUGAAUGCCAUCUCCAACAGGCUAGGCGCUCCCCAAACACGAGCUCGAAUUCUUGGGAUGAUCGUUGGCGAGGCCAUUUCGUGCCUAGCCAAGACAGGCGGCAAGGGUCUCGAUUUCGACAUGAACGAGACCAAGAGCGAUGAUGCAAAAUGGUACAAGGCCUUGGUAGAGGUAUCUGAUAGUAUUGGGCCAGUGGAUUCGCUACGAAAGAGGUUCGAGACACAUGGGCGCCCAGGUCUCACCAAGAAGGCAGCCAAAUUACCGCAAAAGCCACCAGCAACCACAAAGCACCCGCGGCCCGCGACAUCGCAACAGGCCAAGAAACCAGUCAUCAUGGAGGUCGUAGACAGCGACGAAGAGGAGGAUGGCCUCGCCCCGUACGCCAAGCCGGAUUCUGAUCCAGAAGAUUCCGAGGACGACGCCGAGCUCGUCAGCAGAGACAAGCCCCGGGCUCCGGUGUACAUCAGGGACCUUAUUACGUAUCUGAGAGACUCGGAGAACUAUGACCGACAGCGACUGGCGCUCACCACUGCUCCUGUCCUUAUCCGACGGAAAGCAAGCUAUGGCACAGAGGUACAGGAGCACGCCGAGGAGCUUGCCACACUCCUAGUGGGUGUCCAGGACAAGUACGACAUGGACGAUUUCGACGACCUGCGCAUCCAGGGUAUGGUUGCCGUCUUUGUCGCCCAGCCGCAGAAGAUGGGCCCCUGGUUCGCGCGCACAUUCUUCGACGGUGACUACUCGCUCUCCCAGCGCGCGUCCGUCUUGACGGUUCUCGGGCUGGGAUCGAGGGAGCUUGCGGGCCAUGAAAAGUCAGAGUAUGCCGAUUCCGCCGCCUUCCCGUCCAAGCGGCUGCCCGAGAGCAUGGAACGCCUAUACCUGGAGCGGGCAAGCCCUUCCGGAGACGGCCAGUCGUCAGGGCGGCUCCAAGCCCUCGCCCCCAACGCCAUCGAGAACAUCGCGCGGUCGAUAACACAGUCUUUCAUGGCGCCCAUGGCGGCCAGCGCAGCAGACGCGGCGACCGGGCCCGACGCCCUGAAGCUGUCUUCCUUCACCUCGCGCCUGCAGGAGAAGCAGGGGUUCUCGUCAACAUCGUCGGGGAAAAAGGCCCGCCUCCGCGCCAUCCCCAACACGACCGCGCAGCUGCUCUGCACCGCCGUCUUCUUCCCCCUCACGGCGCGGCUCCAGACGGCGCUCCGGGCCUCGCCGGCGGCGGCCGGGGGCCGCGGCGGCGUCGUGGCGCAGCCGGAGCUCCUCGCGCACCUCCUCCGCACGCUGGGCCUGCUGGUGCACGCGGCGGGGCCGUCGACGCUGUCGCUGCCCGACAUGACGGCGGAGCUCUGGCGCCUGGUCCUCGGGGUGCGGGCGCGCUGCGCGGGCGAGCUCGGCGUGGCGCGCGCCGCGCUGUUUGCGCUCCUGGCCCUUCUCGACGUCAACGGCGGCGGCGGCGGCGGCGGCGGCGAGGCGCGCAUGAGGGACGUGUGCCGGGACCUCGGCCGCGAGGUCGUCGAGACCCAGGAGUGGGUCUCUCUCGUCUUCGAGGGGACGCGGGGCGGGGACGGCGCGGGAGGCGAGGAGGACGAGGUCAAGAUGCUGGCGGCUGGGGUGCUGAUCCGGCUCAGGGAGGCGAUGGACAAGUUCCGGGCGUUUAUGAUUGGGGAUAUGAUAGGCUAGUCUGGGUGCCAUGCAGGGACUUUCGGGCUUUUGUUGACUUUUAUUUAUCCUUGGCGAAAUGGCGGCAAGAAGGUUAAGGAUCACUGUGGUGUGGCUGUUGUUGACCCAAAUUGAAGCAUGUCUAAGUGUAUCCGCUUGUCAUCCUAUGAGGUUAGCUCACACUACGAUCCCCUACGCCGGUCCCUUUCAUAUUGUAUAGUUGCAGUCCAGGUCGCUGCCUCAUUCCAACCCCCUGGCCAAGCUUGUGGUCGUCCUCAGGGUUCCAC